AUGGCUCCCUCCAUAGACCAAACCUCUCGUUCCCAGACUUCGUCCUUGGACGAUGUCUCCAAGAUCAAGUCGGCCCUCUUGAGCGUCAACAGCUCUACCUCCAGGAGUGGUUCACACACCCCCAUCGAUCACAUUAUCGCUAAUAAUGCUGGAUACACCGACACCGUUUUUGAGGGCAAAGCUGACCAGGCUGCCCAGGUCAAGAAGCUCCUCUCCAACAAGGGAUUCAUUCCCCCUCAUCUCGUCAACGCCGAAGUUGACUGGUUCUACCAGAAUCUUGGUAUCGAUGAUACCUACUUUGCUCUUGAGAACGUAGAGACGGUUGCAGACCACAUCCUCGCUCUUUUUGGCGCCAAGAUCAUGGCCUACACCAAGCACUCCAACAGCCUCGAGAUUGACCUCGAGAAAGAGUCCGAAAAUGGCGCCGUCUUCAUCCACUCGUCCCAGGCCGGCAAGUCGCAAGCCGAUGGUCCUCAGUGGGAACGUCGCAUUGAUGCAAACUACCUGGACAAGUCGUCUGUCGACAAGGCUUACCGUCUGGAGACCUACCGCUCCGCUGGCUCUGUCUCGGCCCAAUCUCAACAGCAGCUUCGAUGCUACUUCUUGGCAAAGUGCAACUUUGUCGAGCCUCGUCCUGCGCCCGACUCGCCCAGCUACGCCGAUAUUCGCGCCGUCUCGGACAAGACCUUCCUCACCAAGGCGAGCGACAACACGCUCGACAUCUACCAGAGCAUCAUGGACGAGGUUCUCCGCCGACAAGGCCCCGUCAUCGAAAUGUUUGAGGUCGAGGGCAGCCGAGAGCGCAGAAUCGUCAUUGGCUACCGCAUGGGCACCACCAACAGCUUCUUCAGCGCCCUCUCGGAUCUCUAUCACUUUUACGGCCUCUUUUCCUCGCGCAAGUACGUCGAGCAGUUCUCCAACAACGUGACCAUCAUCUCGAUCUACCUCAACCCGCUACCGGCCUCCAACAGCCCUCCCAUCGAGCACUCAAUCCAUCAGGUGAUGAAGGAGGCUUCGCUCAUCUAUGUCCUGCCGGACAACCCCUUCUUCCAGCCAGCUCUCGCAGAGAACACACAUGCUGUCCAGGAGGCCACUUAUGCCUACGUAGGCUGGCUCUUUGCCCAGCACUUCUGUAACCGGCUCGGGCAGGCCUAUCAGGCGUUGCGAAACGUGCUUAACGAGAACGACUCGCAGCAAGCCGCCAUCCUCAAUGAGAUCAAGCUCCGCUUCCGUGAAGAGACUUUCACUCGACAGUCGAUUCAAGAAGUCAUCGAGAACCACCCCACUCUUAUCCGCCUCCUCUAUGUCCACUUUGCCAACAUUCACUACCCUGGCGGUGCUGACGACCAGGAGCUCGUUCCCACGCUCUCGUACCAGCGCCUCGUCAAGGAAGAAGUGCUCGAUGACAACCAGAUGUACGACCGCAUCCGCAAGGCUGCCAACAACUCGCACGAGCGCCAGGUUCUCGAGGCUUUCCUCUUCUUCAACAAGGCCGUCCUCAAGACUAACUUUUACACCCCUACCAAGGUCGCGCUUUCCUUCCGUCUCGACCCCGGCUUCCUCCCCGAGGUUGAGUACCCCGUCAAGCCGUAUGGUAUCAUAUUUGUCGUCGGCGCUGAGUUCCGUGGCUUCCACGUCCGUUUUCGUGACGUUGCCCGAGGCGGUAUUCGUAUCGUCCGCUCGAGGAAUCGCGAAAACUACUCGAUCAAUCAGCGUACUUUGUUUGACGAAAACUACGCACUGGCAUCGACACAGCAUCUCAAGAACAAAGAGAUCCCAGAAGGCGGUGCUAAGGGUACCAUCCUACCCACGCUCGACGCCAAUCCAAAGCUCGCCUUUGAAAAGUACGUCGACGCCAUCCUCGACUUGCUCAUCAAGGGUCAAACCCCUGGCGUCAAGGAGGAGAUUGUGGACCUCCUCGGCAAAGAGGAGAUCCUCUUCCUCGGCCCGGACGAGGGCACUGCCGACCUCAUGGACUUUGCUGCCGAGCACGCUCGCGCUCGUGGCGCUCCUUGGUGGAAGUCCUUCACCACGGGCAAAACUGCUGCCACUCUUGGUGGCGUCCCGCACGACGUCUGGGGGAUGACUUCACUGUCGGUGCGUCAGUACAUCAUCGGCAUCUACAGAAUGCUUGGUCUUAAGGAACAGGAGGUCACCAAGGUUCAGACUGGUGGUCCCGACGGCGACCUUGGCUCGAACGAGAUCCUUUUGUCGGUCGACAAGACGGUAGCUAUCAUCGAUGGCAGCGGUGUCAUUUACGAUCCCGUUGGUCUUAACAGACAGGAGUUGGUGCGCCUUGCCAAAGCGCGCAAGAUGAUCUCGGAGUUUGACGCUUCCAAGCUCAGCGCAAACGGUUACCGCGUUUUGGUCGAGCAGAACGAUAUCAAACUCCCCACGGGCGAGGUGAUCCCAGACGGCGUGGCCUUCCGAAACUCGGCUCACCUCCGAUUCAAGGCUGAUCUGUUUGUUCCAUGCGGUGGUCGUCCCGAAGCCAUCAACAUUUCCAACGUCAACCAGCUCUUUGAUCAGGAUGGAAAGCCUCACUUCAAGUACAUCGUCGAGGGCGCCAACCUCUUCAUCACCAGGCAAGCCCGACUCGAGCUCGAGAAGCGCGGCGUCAUCCUCUACCCAGACGCCUCGGCCAACAAGGGCGGUGUCACCUCGUCAUCGCUUGAAGUGCUCUGCGGUCUCUCGCUCGAGGAUGCCGAAUAUGUCGAGUCGAUGCUGUUCAAGGAUGGCAAACCCACCAAUUUCUACCUUUCCUACGUUCGCGACAUUCAGACCAUCAUCGGUCGCAAUGCUCGCGCCGAGUUCGAGGCGAUCUGGCGCGAGAACAUUGAGACGGGCAAGCCGCGCUCGACCAUCUCGACCGAAUUGAGCACCACACUCAACAAGCUCUCCGAGGAGCUCGAGGCUACCGAUCUCUUCUCCAAUGAGCAGCUGCGUUCCGCCGUGCUUGGCCAAGUCUUCCCUCCUACGCUCAUCAAGAAGGUGGGUCUUGCUAAGCUCAUCGAGCGCAUUCCCGAGGCGUACGCGCGCUCGGCAUUUGCUGCCAAGGUCGCCGCCAGCUUCGUUUACGCCAACGGCCCCAAUGCCAGCCACGUCGACUUCUACAAGCACAUUUCAACGCUAUUGGCCCCGCAGUUGGCUUCUGCACCGGCGGCUCAGCAGUAA